ACGUCACCAACUUUUUGUAUACAUCAGGAAAAUAGAUAAUUGAAGUUAAUGCUUCAAUUCGCAUUAAAAUGCUUUCAAAAUUCAUACGAUCUACAUAUAAAUCUAAUGUUGGACUGCUUCUGACGAGGAAGGUCAUUCCAAAAAUACUAAAUGUGCGAUACGCGGACAUGAUACCACCUACUCAGUACGACGUGCCAUUCCCAAGCAGAUUAAAAUUCGGGUGUAUUAUAAGAGAGCGCUGGGAAAUUAUUCCUCUGUUCAUAGCAACAGGCGUGGCCUUAUCGUUCAUGUUCUAUUCCAUUGUAUACGCAUGUCAAAACAAGGUGGACGUUGUGUUUACGUCACGCAGUCGAGAGAAUAUAUCGCGCACGAUGGACCUGAGGUGCCCCACAAUUCACAAGCUAAUCAUUAUUAAUCAGAAAUACCCACCAUGGCCCGAGAUGCAGUCAGUGCUUGACAAGAUGAGGAUGGCAGAGAAACGGGCAUUAAUGCGUUUACAGACAUGCGCUCAUCCAUAGACCUGGCUCAAGUAUGCAUAGCUCUAGUAACUAAGGCCAUGAACGCUCACUCCGACAAGCUGCGACCGCUAGCGACGAUCAGAUAGGCACGCGCUAGCGUUGUUGUGCUGAAGCAGUCUAACUACCAUUCGCUGAGGACUUAAUAAGAUAAAUUUCGAGAGUUGGUUGUCUGCAAUAGUGUGCGCUACAGUUGAUGCUUCGAUCAAUUUCACGCUUUCAACUAAAAAGCCGGAAACUGAAAGAAUACAACUAAAAUAAAUUUAAGAAACCUGAUGAAACACAGUUCGUGUCGUUAAAUGUUUACAUUGUAAAACCGUUUUUGAAACUAUUUUUGUUUUGGUAAAAAUAUAUG